GCAGACUCAAAAAGAGGGCAAUACGCCCGCCUUCCGACGUCAUGACCCAUCACGUGAUAGACCGCACCGUCAUCUCUAACGCCAGCUUUCAGCUACCGAUCUCUCUCUUCCUCACACCAAAUUUUCUAUCGUUCUCGAUUCAUUAUUCACCUGAUCACCUUUAAAUUCAAUACACUCUAUCGCUUUCUGCUAGGUAUCAUCCUAUUCUUCCACAAUGGCCACUUUCCAGGACCGUGCCCAGCACAUGGUUGCUCAGCUCGACAAGGAGCUCUCCAAGUACCCCAUCCUUAACAACCUGGAGCGCCAGACCAACGUCCCCAAGGUGUAUGCGAUCCUGGGUCUUGUCGGCGUUUACUUCUUCCUCGUCUUCUUUAACAUCGCUGGCGAGUUCCUCGUCAACUUCGUUGGUUUCCUUAUCCCCGGUUACUACUCUAUCAACGCCCUGUUCACGCCUGGUACUCGGGAUGACACUCAGUGGUUGACGUACUGGGUUGUCUACGCUCUCCUGACCGUUGUUGAGAGUGCCAUCAGCGCUGCCUACUGGUUCCCCUUCUACUACAUCUUCAAGUUCGUCCUUGUCCUCUGGAUGUCCCUUCCCCAGACCAACGGUGCCCAAAUCGUCUUCCACUCCUUCCUCCAGCCUGUCCUCGGCCGCUUCUUCAACAACGGUUCGACCUCGGCCAACCUCCGUGCUCAGGCCGAGGCCGCUGCCAAGUCUCAGUAAACGCGACCGCCCGGAGAAUUUAUUCGCCGCCUGGAUCUAGAUGUUCAUGGCCAGUUCUCGUUUAGCCAUGAACCAAGUCGAUUAUCUAUGUCCAAAGGCCCGUGGUAACGAAUUGAUUGACCGCUAGAUUUGGUUAUGAAGGAAUGAAGGGUAGAAGAAGAAAAACACGGAGGUGCGGUGAGAAAGAAGGGGAA